CUCUCUUCUAAGAUAUCUUCUUCUUACCAUCCCUAUAUAUGGAGGAUUAGAUAUCGUACAGUACAAUCACACACACACACACACACUCACAGAGUACGGAUUAGAUACGUACCUUUUUUGUCCUUCAAGUAACAAACCAUAUCCUCUCUUGUACGUUCACUAGGGUUUCGGAAUUUGGAUAACAAACAUAAGAUCACCCGUACUUAUUCUUGAAACUAAAACAAAAUCUUAAGUUUAUCUAUCAAGAACUUAAGAUAUCUAUAUUUAGAGACAUGUUUCGUUUUCCGGUGAGUCUUGGAGGUCCGCAUGACAUUACAAAGCAGCCACAGCCGUCGGAUGAGCAUCAUCGGGCGGUGAUGGAUGAGGUUGACUUUUUUAAGUCGGAGAAGAGAGAUGAGCAGAAUAUUAUCACCGACGAGACUCAUAGGGUUCAUGUCAAAAGGGAGAAUUCACGUGUUGAUGAUGAUGAUGAUCGUUCAACGGGUAUCAAUACUGGACUUAAUCUUCUCACUGCGAAUACGGGAAGCGACGGGUCAAUGGUGGAUGAUGGAUUGUCUGUGGAUAUGGAAGAGAAACGUACAAAGUGUGAGAAUGCACAACUUCGAGAGGAGCUAAAGAAGGCGGCUGAAGAGACACAAAGACUAAAGGAAAUGCUAAGUCAAACAACCAACAACUUCAACUCCUUGCAGAUGCAACUUGUUGCUGUCAUGAGGCAACAAGAAGAUCAUAACCAUCACCUGGCUACGACCGAGAGCAAAGACAAGGCCAAUAAACGACAUGAAGGGCCUGAAAUGGUUCCAAGACAGUUCAUCGAUUUGGGACUGCCUUCUGCUGAUGUAUCGUCCGAGGAGAGGACGACGGUUAGGUCAGGAUCUCCGCUUCUGGAGAAUUCUAGCUCACGUCAGCGCGGAAAGAGAAUACUUGAGAGAGAAGAAAGCCCAGAGACAGAAUCUAACGGCUGGGGAAACCCUAACAAAGUUUCCAAACACAACGCGUCCUCCAGCAAUUGCAACGGCAAUGUCAAUGGCAAUGUUGUUGAUCAGUCGGCUGCUGAAGCCACCAUGCGUAAAGCCCGUGUAUCGGUCCGUGCUCGAUGCGAAGCUCCCAUGCUAAACGAUGGAUGUCAAUGGAGAAAAUACGGACAGAAAAUGGCAAAAGGAAACCCUUGCCCUCGAGCUUAUUAUCGCUGCACAAUGGCCGUUGGAAGAUGUCCCGUUCGCAAGCAAGUUCAACGUUGCGCAGAGGACAGAUCCAUUCUCAUAACAACCUACGAAGGAAACCAUAACCAUCCAUUACCUCCUGCGGCUAUGAGCAUGGCUUCAACCACAACCGCAGCAGCAAGCAUGCUCCUCUCAGGCUCCACAAUGUCGAGCCAAGAACGUUUAAUGAACCCAACAAAUCUCUUGGCUCGAACCAUGUUGCCUUGUUCCUCAAGCAUGGCCACCAUCUCAGCCUCUGCACCAUUCCCAACCAUUACAUUAGACCUCACAGAAUCAGCAUCGAACGUUAACAAUCCCACUAGUAACAAUCCGUUGAUGAACCAAUCGGUUUUGCCUCACAUGAUGGGCCAGGCUUUGUAUUAUAGCCAACAACAACAGUCCAAGUUCUCGGGUUUACAGCUACCGUCUCAGUCGCUGAACGCUGGCGAGAGCGUUAGUGCCGCUACUGCUGCUAUCGCCGCCAAUCCAAACUUUGCAGCGGCUCUAGCCGCAGCUAUCACGUCUAUUAUUAACGGUUCGAAUGGUCACCAGAGUGGGAACAGUAACAGCAGUAAUAAUAAUGUUACGACGAGCAAUGUUGACAGGCAAUAACGUUUUGUUAUAUGUUUUAGGGCUUCUUUUUAAUCGGUCGAUUUUGUUUUGCUUUUUCUUCUUUUUACAUUUUGGAUCGUAGUUACGUACGGCUUUAUAGUUUUUUUUUAUUAUUAUUAUUUCCCGAACAACAAGAGUCUUGAGAGCAAUUUUUUUCUCGUUGCUGUAUGGUCUACAAUAUUGUUCAGGAAUAUAAACUGCCUUU